AUGUCCGGAAUCGAAGUCGCCGGGAUCGUCCUGGCCGUAAUCCCCCUCAUCAUCACCGGCAUCGAAGCCUACGACCGCAAGAUCAAACGGCGAAGGAACGUCCUCGAGGAGCUGGAAGAUCUCAAGGAUGAGCUCGAAAGCGAGUAUGCCAAGUUCCGCAACACGAUGGAGCUGCUUCUGAGCGACUCCGUAGACGAACGUACUUUCAACCAGCUAUUCAGUGAUGUUGGCGGGAAACUGUGGUCGAAUGCGCGAGUAGAGGAGUGUUUGAAGAAUCGGCUGAGGCAGGAUUAUGAGAUUUUUCGGAAGUAUGUUAAAAGGAUGAGCAGUUCGGUGGAAGACCUGCAGAAGAGUUUCCCAGCGGAUAUUGAAAAUCAUACCAUCAGCGGUUCCGUCAGACGGUUUACUCUCGUGUUCAAGUUCAAAGAUUACUGGUCCAUUGUCAACAGGAUCGAGCGAAGUAACAGCAAAAUGGAGGCUUUGCUUGCCGGCAGCAUAACUCUGGAGCCCGUGAGAAAGUCUCGACAACAGUACCCUGAUUUCGAGCAAGUCAGCGGGAAUGCCUCGAGCAUCUUCAAAGCGGUCACUGAGAGUCUUUCGACAUCCUGCAUCAACGACCACCUGGUCAGUGCUUCGUUGCGGUCUAUUGUCGGUUCGGCGCAGAAGGCCAUCUCAUUCAGCAACGAACCAGAAGAGUCAAUGGUUAGGGUGCUUGUGCAGCACGAUACAUCGCGGCUGCCAUCCACGAGUGGGUUCAAACCUGUCGCUGAAGCAGAUAUACGGCCUUGGUCGAAGAAAGAUGGUUCGACCGACAGAACGAACGGCCCGUUGGUAUUUCGAAGUCAAGUCCGCGAGAUCCAGGACCUUUGUCAGAGUCUGAACGAAGAGAAGACAAGCGAACCUUGUGUAGGCUUGUUAUCCACAUCCCCAGCACUACUCGAGCCUCUGCGCCAAUACGCCGUGUACCGGCCUCUCAAGCCAUUCUUCUCUCAGCACUCCGGGGCAUCGACUUCGACGCUCUCGUCUCUGCUUCUUCGAAAGCCGAAGCUCAAGAUGAGCGAGCCUGCAAAACGUCAGAUGGCUGUGCGGCUAGCUCAGGGGUUGAUCCAACUCAGUGGAACGCCCUGGAUGCAUUCCCGCUUUAGUCGCAACGAUAUCACACUCCUGCGAACGCCAGCAGGCGUAGCAGCGGACUUCCCCUUCAUCACCGCGUCGACAAAAACGCUGCAAGUAAACUGGUCUUACGAUCUGGUCCGCGGUAUCCAGCGGCGAAUCCUCAUACAAAACGAUCUGCUGUUUGCGCUCGGCAUCCUUCUCAUCGAGAUCUGGCUGGAGCGACCAAUCGACUACCUGCAUCGUCCUGAAGAACUUGGCAAAGAUGGCAAGAAAGAUGAUCUCGCAGACUUCUACGCGGCUUGUCGAUUGGAAGAUAGGAUCUACUCCGAUGCUGGGACGAGGUAUGGAGAUGUCGUGAGGCGCUGUAUCAGGUGUCAGUUUGCGCGGCCGCAGCCUGAUUUGACGGAUCCACUGUUUCGAAAAGAGGUUUAUGAUGGUGUUGUUGCGGAGUUGGAGGCUGGGUUGGAUGUGGCGAGGAGGUAG